AAUUUAAAUUUUGUAUAUAUAGCAGGGCGCCAACGCAAAUUUGGUGAUUUCGACAGCACUCGGUUUUAGGUUAUGUUAGGAAAAUACAAAUAAAACAUGUCCAAUUUAAUAAAAAAGACUUUUACGUUACUUUCGUCUCCGAUAACUGGCGGAAAUUUCGCCGCUUCAACGAGAAAUUAUGCUGUGCGCAAGAGGUUUUACAAAAAUUCAAGUAUAUUGAGAAGCGGAGGUAAAUUCGAAGUAACUCUAGAUCAACGCAAAUUAAAGACACCUAAAGGCAACUUGUUUACUGUGGAUAGCGAACCAUUGGCACUUGCAGUUGCAACAGAAUGGAACAGUCAAAAAGACAAAAUUGUACAAAGUAAAAUGCAUAUUACUACUUUAUGUAAUACAGUACUAGAUAAUCCCAACAAUUUAACCAAGUUUGAUAUAGUCAAUUAUAUAACAAAUUACUUGGAUACAGACACAAUUUUGUUUCAAGCAAAUGAAGAUGACGAUUUAUUAAAGGUACAAGUACAACAGUGGGACCCAGUGAUAGAAUGGUUUAAUAAAAGAUUUGAUGUCAACAUAAAAAAGUCAACUCAAAUGGACAUACCACCUGUUUCUGAAAAAGACAAAGCAACCUUAACUAAACAUUUAUUGUCACACAAUUUUGCAGCAGUUAAUGGUUUUAUGUAUGGAGUGGACACAUUAAAAUCAGUAAUUUUAACUCUAGCAUGCACAGAGAGAUUCUUAACACCAGAAAAAGCAGUUUUGUUGUCCAGAUUGGAGGAAGUGUACCAAAGCAGUAAUUGGGGCCGAGUUGAAUGGGCACAUGAUUUAAAUCAACAAGAUUUACAAGCCCGAUUGGCGGCGGUUACAUUAUUUGUUUAUUUCAAUUCUCAGUCCACAAAUGUACAGUCAAAAAAUAUUCAAUAAAUUAAUUGUAGACUAUUA